AUGGCUGAGCAACCAAGGAUGGGUGAACAGCCCGAGAAGCCAAAGAUAAUUGCGUCACAGAUAUGUCUAGAGACAGUGAAGAAAUCAUCAGGGUUACCAUCCUCAAUGCCCUCAUCACCAAUCGCCCUGACGAAAACAACAAGUGUGAGGUACAAUUGCCUAUGCUCACCAACUACACAUGCUGGUUCUUUCAGGUGUCGUUACCACCGGAGCGCUAGUCUCACCCGCUCUAGCAUCUCUGUCGGCUCUAAACUCUCCGAGCUUGCUGGAAAAUCACCAGGGAGUCCACUGCAUGCUCAUUGCUGGAUGGAGCCUAAACCCGUCACUACAAGAGGACGCGAAAUACUAGCACAUAGCCGUAAGUAUCAACCUUUGCCAAGCUGA